UCACUUAUACCAGUGGGCAGGAAAAUAUAGGGAGAUUGAGUUCAACUGUUAAUGUCUAGAGUCUGGUUUUGAUUGUACCUCACAAUAUUGUUGCAGUGGGAAAUGUCAUGUUUCGGUUUGGGAAGCGCUGAUUUGGUUAAAAACACAAGGAGUUUAAAACGACCUGAGUUACAAAGGGUAUUCCACUGAUAGAAUAUGUUGCUUUUGAUUCUAAACUUAUACAAUAGAUUUUGUCUUAAUAAAGUUUAUUUUGUUGCUUUGCAGAAGCAAUGACUUGCCUGAUCUGGUAACCCAAGUCAGCUUUCAGUUUGAAUAAAGUAUAAAAGCAAAAUGGAAGAAGGUGAAACUUCACAAAAUGAGCCAGAGGCAGAAAAAGUUGAAACCCCUGAACUCAGCCGCCAGAUAUCAGUUAGUGAGUUCCUUUGUCACUGCUGUUAUGACAUUCUGGUCAAUCCCACCACCUUGAACUGUGGCCAUAGUUUCUGUAGACAUUGCCUAGCCUUGUGGUGGGUGUCCUCCAAGAAGAAUGAAUGUCCAGAAUGCAGAGAAAAAUGGGAAGGAUUCCCCAAAGUCAACAUUCUCCUCAGGGAUGUUAUUGAAAAGCUAUUUUCUGAUGCCAUUGAACAAAGAAAAGAAGAUAUUCAACAAAACAGUGAUGUAGCACGCAGUUUAGCAACCUUCCAAAAAUACGGGAAUGACCAGAUUCCUACAGCUCCAAACAUAAGAAGAAUUAAUCCUCGAGGAGGAGGAUUUUUUUCAGGCGUUCUGACAGCUUUAACUUGUGUAGCAGUAGUUCUACUUGGGUAUCACUGGAGCAGCAGAGAAUUUGAAGAUGAUCUUCUUGUCCAAAAGCCUGUUGCUAAAUGGACCGCUGAAGAAGUGAUCCUUUGGCUAGAGCAGCUCGGCCCAUGGGCAUCACAUUACAAAGAAAGAUUUUUGCAUGAGAAAGUCAAUGGAAGGCUACUUCUAACCCUGACAGAAGACGACUUCACAAAAGAGCCUUACAAUAUAGAGAACAGUAAUCACAGAAAAGCAAUUAUGUUGGAAUUGGAUUGUGUCAAARCUUUAGGGGUUAAACCUCCACAGAACCUUUGGGAAUAUAAGGCAGUAAAUCCUGGAAAAUCACUCUUUCUUCUAUAUGCGCUGAAGAGUUCUCCAAGACUCAGUAUGUUAUACCUGUAUUUGUUUGAUUAUGCAGAAACUUUUUUACCUUUCAUCCAUACAAUUUGUGCUAUGCAAGAAGAUGAAUAUGAAGAUAUUGUCACAAAACUACUAGACCCUAAAGACCCUACAUGGAAACAGUGGAGAGAAUUCAUUGUAAAGUAUUUAUUUUUGCCGUACCAGCUGAUAGCUGAAUUUGCUUGGGACUGGUUAGAGGUGCACUACUGGACAUCAAGAUUUAUCAUUGUAAAUGCCAUGUUGCUUUCUGUUCUGGAAUUGUUCUCUUUUUGGAGACUAUGGUCAAGAAGAGAAUUGAAGACUAUUCCUCACAGAAUGUGGAGACAUUUCUGGAAAGUCUCAACCCGGGGUCUUUGUGUUGCCAUUUUUUGGCCUUUUAUUCCUCAGUUUGUCUGCAACUGCUUGUUUUACUGGGCCUUGUACUUUAACCCAAUUAUAAAUAUCGAUCUCGUGGUUAAAGAAGUCAGGCGACUGGAAACGCAAGUGCAGUAACUGGCACUGAAACUAUUAAGGUGUUUAAUUUCUAAAAAAUKGUAUUUGAUUUGCUUCUUUAUAUAUGUGGUAGUGAGUGAUGCAAACAUGAGAGAAAAGCCUUAAGGUAAGUUACUCSUAAGUAAGCUAGAUUCCAAGCUAAAAGCGGGCUUUAUCCAAAAUGAACUUUUGGAUUAAAAAAAAAUCAUGUGUGAAUUAGCCUUUAAAUAUGUACACUGGCACGUCCAAAUUUAAAUUAACAGAAUCAAACUCUUCUGUCUUGUGAUACCUGAUUAUUUGCAAGCCUGCUGGGUAAAGCCUUAAAGCUAUUGUUUUCUGAACAGCUACAGUGAUUCUGUUAGUGUUUCACACUAACAGUGUGUUGCUCAGAACCUAAGUUUGCCAAAGGAAAGCUGUUCCUGGAUAAGCUUGAUAUUGAAAGUACUUCAGGGUUUUCAGUCGGCUUUAAAUGUGAAAUUCCGAUGGUCAAAUACAAUAAUCUCACAGUAGCACUUGUUUCAAUAUUUUCCCUAUUGAAGGCAGAGACUCCUUGAGGGUUGUUUUGGAAAAUGUGGCAGUUGCCAUUCAAAAUUUUCUUUUUUCAGAUCAGUUGGACUUCAUCAUUAGCAUGUUUAAUGCUGUCUCCUUAAAGUGCUAAUGCUCAAAAUAAAUUCAGGGUUAUCCUUUAAAGGAAUAUUUUUGGAAAGCGGCCUGAUACUGUAAUUAUGCCUUACUGCACUGUAACAUGUGUAUCUGGAUCUGUGAUUACAACCUGAUUGAAAAUUUAUUUUGUAUGAACAGGAUUGCCCUUUGAUAAUGUAUGCUUUUUGACUGAAACGAAAGUUAACUUUUUUUUAACGCCAUGUCCUCUUACAUUGUCUUAUCUUUUUUU